UGCUCAUCACAGGUUCAGGCUGCAUAUUAGGAAAAUCAUCUUUAUCACGAGGGUGGUCAACCACUGGAACAAGUUAUCUACAGAGGCCAGACCGUAUGCAGCUGAAGGUGCUGCUACACACUUGGGCUUCCUAAUCUUCACUGUCAGACCUAUUGCUUCCAGCUUGGCUCCAUCCAGUGACCCUCUAGCAGAGUGCACUUCAGAGCACCAGAGGUUGACGGAGCUGUGAACCAGAAGCAGCUUGAUAUCAGCUGUACCGGAUGAGAGGCCUGCUCCCUGUGGGGCAUUCCAGUACUAGGAAGUGUAUUGUGAGCUUUUGGUCAUUACUAACUUAUCUCGUUUAAAAAACACCAUGUUCAAAUCAAGUACCACAUUAGCCACUGUUAACCUUUCCUAACAAAAUUUUACUUCAGUUCCUCGUUAUUUGCCUGGCAAAAUUUCAGAGAUUAAUUCUGGUUCACUGGAAGGUAUGUCUCUCAUUCGCUGUCUCAUUUUUCCAGGUAUCAUCUUUGGGAAUCAAUAUUUCACCAUGUCCUCCAGUUCCAAAUGAGCUUCCAGGGAUGAUGUAUUUGGAACUUAAGAUGGGUGACACAGGACGAGCAGAGCAUCCACAGGCCCGGUCGCCAAUCUUCUUUUUGAGAUCAUGGCUUUGGCGUUUGUCUUCGCCUUGUUGGCGCAUGGAAUACCAUUUCUUGGUGAUUGUUUGGAUGCAGACACGCAUGAGCACGCGCAGCAGCAUGAGGCGUAUCUGCAAGAGCAGAUGACAAAGCUGCUGCUGGAGACAGAAGAGAAGAACGCGGAGGAGAGCAGGAUGGGGGUGCAAGGCUCGUACUUCUCUGCACUGCAGUCCUGGAAAGUGUGGGCCUUGGCUGUACUGCUGCUUUUCCUGCUCUUCCGCUUCCUCCGCAACUGGUACAGGGGAAGGCAAGCAGCAGAGUUGUCCCAACAGCUGUUUGACCUUUGGAACGAAUGCGACAGGGAGAUGAGGGAGCCGGUGUGCCACGGAGACCCCGGUGAUGUCACCUACGUGAGCAGGUUUUACUCUGAGUUCUCCAUUUGGCCGCUGAAGUCCCGGAGAAGCAAGUGCAAGGUGGUGGAGGAGCUGGUUGAUGAACUUCUGAGCGUCUGUCACACAGUUGCCCAGGGUUACUUCAUGCCACGGCUGCAGCCAGCCGUUGGGGUGGGCGUUGGCUUUGAAGGCAGGGGUCCCGAGGGGUGCUACACUGUCUACCGCAUGCUUGUGCCCCUGAAGGCACCCCCGGGCCACGUCUUCCAGUUGGAGAUGGGCCCCAGAAAGAGGAUAGGGGUGAGGAACUCCCGCAUCCGCGUGGAGCGCCAGUGCAUGUGCCAAAGGGAGCAGCACAUGCCACACCUGAAGUGCUUCCUCCACCGGCCUGAGGACCAGCUGACAGAGCAGAUGCCCAGCCUGCUGCAAACCCUCUGCAACGAGUCCUACCUGGAAAUGGAGAAAACCGCAACCUGGUUCCAGGUACUCGUGACAGAAGCCUGGGAGGCUAUGCCUCAGUCGGCCACAAUGAACCUCGAGUUGCUGCCCUCCAACCGACACUGCAAGCUCAAGCUGACCACCGCCACCGGCCAAGUCCUCUGGAUUGAGCUCAUUCUUGGCAUACAGCAGGACUCGGAAACGUUCCUGACCUUUGAGUAG